AUGAAUUCGGCCCAUUAUGCUAAUGCAAGCACGACGCUGGCCCCUGAAAUAGACACAUCCCAGAUACCUAUAGACACCUUGGAAUCUAUACGGAAUCGCCUAAACCAAGUUCAUUUAUCGCUUCGUAAACUAUCAGACCAAAUCAAUCAUCAUAAUAGACACCCCAAUAAAGUAAAGCUUCCAAAUUAUGCUCAAUUCCAGAAUCAGUUUCAAGUUUUGUUAACUCAGUUGCAUACAAUAACGUCAGAUUUAGAUAAUAACGAUGAGAUGUUGAAAAAUACAAAUGUAUACCCAUUACCAUCGUUUCCAACUACGCAACAAGAAGGCUUAAUAACAACAUUAUUAAGGAAAAAGCCUUUACCUGAGGUUGAUGAAUGGAUAGAAAGUGCUGCAAAUAAAAGAAAAAAUGAAUAUGUCAACAUACAGAAAGAUGAUGAAUUUGCUCAAUGGUGUUUAACUAAGAUUGAAGAAUUGAGAGAAGAAUUUCAGUUUUACGGGUUUAACUCGGUAGAUGAGCUAGAAUACUUGGAUACUGAAGCAGGUAGAAAAGAGACUGAAGAAAAUAAAAGGAUAGAAAACCAGAAAUACGAAGAGGAAUUAAAGAUAACCGAUGGAGGUAAGAAUGGUCUUCAUCCAAAUAAAGUUUUAAAAUUUAUGUGUCAAGGAGUCUUAACUUAA